AUCGCGACAAGCAGAAUUUCGCUCUUCGAUACCAGCGCUAUCGAACAGCGAAAUCCGUGAUCACCGACAACCGCAAUCAUGGCUGACAGCGAAUACAAUGCCGAGGAGGCUGCCGAGCUGAAGAAGAAGAGAGCUUUCCGCAAGUUCUCGUACCGGGGCAUUGACCUCGAUGCUCUCCUCGACCUCGGCUCCGAUGAGCUCCGCGAUGUCGUCCACGCCCGUGCCCGGAGAAAGAUCAACCGGGGCCUGAAGCGCCGCCCCAUGGGCCUUAUCAAGAAGCUCCGCAAGGCCAAGCAGGAGGCCAAGCCCAACGAGAAACCCGAUCUCGUCAAGACGCACCUCCGUGACAUGAUUGUUGUUCCGGAGAUGAUUGGCAGCGUCAUUGGUAUCUACUCCGGCAAGGAGUUCAAUCAGGUGGAGAUCAAGCCCGAGAUGGUCGGCCACUACCUCGGCGAGUUCUCGAUCACAUACAAGCCUGUCAAGCACGGUCGGCCAGGUAUCGGUGCCACGCACUCUUCUCGUUUCAUUCCUCUGAAGUAAGGGCUCUGGGAUAUGGGUGGUUCUUGCAUUCAGUCAAUCAUGGAUUCGGCGAAACGGGACACGGUUCUGCUCACGGGCAUUGUGAUGAGAUGCCGGCGCUAUCUUGGAGGGGUCGCGAGAUAGUACAAAAGAGCAAUUCGAGUGCUGCAUUUGGGCCAAAGGUUGAUGACAUGAUGAAGCUGCUCGGGUGAAGAUGGGAAGUGGGUUUAGUAGUGACAUGCCUUCCACAUGUUUCACUAUACUUAUCGUAUUCCGUUUUAUCUGCUAUGCCACGCAACAGUCAGGGAUAGCUGUAUCAGCUCAACUCGAUGACGGAGUGAAGCAAGGGUUGAGAGAUAGCCACGCCCAGUACGCAGUGAACAAUUCCCAAACCAAAGCAGCGCCCGUUACCAGUGGUUUC